UUAAUUUUUAACCAUCAAACAAAAAGAAAAAGUUGGGUAUUUCUUUUUUUAUUCUUUUUGACUCUCCUAACGUCUACUGUCAACAUGCCUAUCCUCGAAAUUUACUCUGCUCAAGCUCCUAAGGAUAUUCGUGGUUUCACCAAGCGUAUGAAUGCCACCUUUGCAGAGUUGAUUGGCAAGCCUGAAAGCUUCUGUAUGGUCACUUUCUCCAAAGUUGACAGCCUCUUCUUUGCUGGCAGUGAUGAACCUGGCUUCCUUGUCAAGGUUGGCUCUAUUGGUCAUAUUGACAACAACCGUAACGCCAAGUUGACCGCCACUGUCACUGCUGAACUUGAAAAGGAAUUGGGUGUCCAAGACAACCGCGGUUACUUCAUCUUCACUGAUGUUCCUGCCGAAAACAUCGGCUUCAAGAAGAACACCUUUGCCAACCUCAUAAAGAGGAAUCAUACGCAGUCUGUGUUGUUCUAGACGCACGGAUAAAACAUUUCAAACGCGUAUGAAGGCCGUUCAAUUGUUAGACUUGUGUAAUUCAGGAGUACUUCAUCCAUUAUAGCGGACAUCCUGUUCCGCAUUGCAUUACAAUAAGCACCGUCUGAAAUUAUUGAUUGAUUUUAAUGACCAGCGUCAUAUAACUAGUCGAUUACCAGAACGUCUGGCUUAUCAAUAUUUUGAUAAGGUUUAGAAUUCGCAGAAGAACAGAUUCAAAACAGAAAGAAUAAAAGGCCUUUGUGCUGCCAUUACUAUCCGGUUCACCUUUUGCUACAGGUAUAUUGACCGAGCUGAUAUUCUCUCCUGUUUUAUAAGGUCGAAAUUUAAACUGACAAUUGUACAAUCAAUAAAAAACUAAGCCCUACGUAUUUGACUUACGCAUGCAGUGAGCGCAAAAACG